UGGAUGAUGGAUGGCUGUCUUUUGAACACACCACUACCCAAUCACUCCCGUCCCAUUCUGCACCACUCAAACCGGCUGGCGGCUGCUCCUUGUGCAUUUCAUUUCCCCCGCCCCUCCUCUUCGUCCUCCCGGACACCACACCAGCCCCUGCAGGCUGCAGCUUCCCCGGCCGCGGCCAAGCCAGCUGCCUCGCUCGAGAAGCACAGCCACCAGGGCAAGCUGGAGGAUGGCCGCAGUGAUGAAGGCUCUCGCGGUCGCCUCGCCGGUGUCGGCACGGGCAGCGCAGCAGCCCCGUCGGUACGUCGCAGGUGGCGCUAGCCAGCUUCAGUCGUCGUUCCACGGCGUGUCGGUGCAGUGCCCUGGGCGACCGCGGCAGGCAACGCCCCGGCGGGGGGUGCAGGUGGUGAUGAUGGCGGCUCGGCCGUCGAUCCAGUUCAUCCAGGGCACGGACGAGCAGACGAUCCCGGACGUGCGGCUGACCAAGUCCCGGGACGGCACCAACGGCGUGGCCAUCUUCACGUUCGAGCAGCCGUCGGUGUUCGACUCGUCGGCGGAGCUCGGGGACAUCACGGGCCUCUACAUGAUCGACGACGAGGGCGUGCUGCAGUCCGUGGACGUCAGCGCCAAGUUCGUCAACGGCAAGCCGGCGCGGAUCGAGGCCAAGUACGUCAUGCGCACGCCCCGGGAUUGGGACCGCUUCAUGCGCUUCAUGGAGCGAUACUCCCAGGCCAACGGCCUCCAGUUCGUCAAGAACUGAUCGAUGUACUCAACUCAACUCAACCCAUGAGCUGACGAUCGAGCCUGCUGCUUUGAGAGCUCUCUCUCUCGAUCGAUCGAUCCACGCAAUGGCCGGCAAUUGCUCUCAUAGUUGCCUUCACCUCACUCUUUCUGAUGACGUACUCGAUCGAGUGCCUGCUAUUAUCUACGUACUGCUAGUCUUCUUUUUCUUUCUCCCCUGGUGUUGUGAUGUGACCUGCUGUGAUUGAAUUUUUGUAGAGAAAAAUAUGCAUAUGUACUACUACAACAAAAAAAAAGAAAGGGAGGUUUGUUUAUUUGUGUAUCAA